UUGCGCGACUAUGCACAAGCCAGACGGACCAAGAAGACCAAACGAGAGCAGCAAUACAACCAUUUCUACUUUAUCCCGGUGCUGUCCACUCAAUAUAAACAAAAGUAUAUCCGUGCACGGGAUAAAAAUGCCAUGGCAGAGCAACGAUUAUCCGACAUUCGAAGCGAACAAGAGCGCUGUCGAGAGUUACUGCGAGAAACCGCCAAAGAAUUGACAAAGCAGCAGCAAGAUCGUGAACAGGCUCAACAGCAAUGGCAAACACUGGAACAAGAAAUUACUAAGGCUUCCAAACUGGUGCAGUUCCUGAAGGAAGGUCAAACAUUCUGGAGCCAGUUCGACGGUCAUCAAAGUAACCUGGUUUUGGAAUCCGGUCGGUACUUGAUCCGUGCUUUACAAGAACAUAAAGUGGCAGAGGAUGCGGAUUUUCGUCAUUGGAUAGCGACAUUCAAGAUGGCGUGUAUGGAAUACGGCGAAGGCGAACAAUAUGGUGAUCGUAAAUGGGAUACUGGCCAAAUGGAAGUCGAAUACGACUGCUCCCGAUGC